AUGAACCAGACUCUGAACGACAGCUGGACCCCAGCAACAAACUACAGCAGCCCCAGGGCGCACGUGCUGGACACCACCUACUGGAUGCUGGACACCCUGGUCUUGUUCACCUGUGUGGGCGGCAUCUCAGGCAACAGCCUGGUGGUCUGGCUGCUGGGCUUCCACAGGCAGAGGGGCCCCUACAAAGUCUAUGUCCUCCACCUGGCCGUGGCCGACCUCCUCUUCCUCAUCUGCGUGGCCUCCAUCCUCAGCAUAGAAAGCACCCCGCUGGGUCACAUGGGCCAUGUGGCCGUCACGGUAUUGAGGGGUGCGAAGUACUUUGCCUCUGUGGCCAGCCUGAGCCCGCUGACAGCCAUCAGCCUGCAGCGCUGCCUCUCCGUCCUCUUCCCCAUCUGGUAUAAGUGUCGCCAGCCCCAACACUUGCCGGCCGCGGUGCAGAGAAGCUUCCGGCAGCAACGGCGCCAGCCCACGCGGCUCCAUGUGGCCAUCCUGGCCUCCGCCCUGGUGUUCCUCUUCUGCGCCCUGCCCCACGGCAUCUAUUGCCACUUUGCCUGCCUCUCCUCGGUCGUGAGCAGCAGUGCCAACCCAGUCAUCUACUUCCUGGUGGGGAGUCGGAGGAGCCGGGACCUGCAGAAGUCCCUGGGGGCCGUGCUGCACAGGGCACUGCAGGAGGACCCCGAGCUGGAGGAGGGGGAGACGCCCUCCCACCAGCACCAAUGA